AUGUUCAAGUGGGCGCAACAAAAGCUCGCCGACGUGGCGGGUACCCAGGAGCCCAUUUACGGCCCAACGGCCAUCAGAUCCGUCGCCGAGGAGGCCAAGACGACUACACACACAGAGACCACCAGGGAUGACCUGAAAUGGAUCGCGGCCGACUCGACUUCGGUUGAGACGCAGAGCUUCUACUUGAUGGGCGACAAUGGACAUCUUGGACUGGCCCAGAUCAUCUACAGCAACGUCGGCGGCAUCCGCACCACGUGCCAGUUCAACGUCAAGAUCUUCUACCCCGAGAAGUCGAAGCCUACCCUUUGGGAAACCACGCAGCUUAACCACUACGAGGUCAGCGAAGAUCGGAUGUCCUUUUACGCCGACGACUGCGCUGUCGAACUUUCCGAGGACGGCACCUACUACACGAUCAAGAGCAUGAACUCGGAAAACGCCAUUGUCAACCUCAAGGUCACCCGCACCGCACCCGGCUUCCACGCCGGCAAGACGGGCAAGACGCUGUUCGGCACCGACCUGUCGAAGCCUUGGGGCACUAUGCGCCACGCUUUCUGGCCGCGGUGCGUCGUCGAGGGCACCAUCACCACCAAGGAGGGCCCCGUCGACUUUACUGGCCGCGCGUUUUACGUCUACGCGCUGCAGGGCAUGAAGCCUCACCACGCGGCGGCCAAGUGGAACUUUGUCGACUUCCAGGGCCCCAACUACUCGGCCGUCAUGAUGGAGUACACGACCCCGCCCUCGUACGGAUCGACGGUCGUCAGCGUAGGAGGCAUCGCCAAGGAUGGCGAGAUGAUCUACGGCGGCGUCACCCAGACGGCCGCGCACACCAAGGUGAAGAACGACUCGCUCAACGAGUGGCCCGAGCCCGAGGAGAUCAAGUUCACGUGGUCCGGCAAGGACAAGGAAGGCAAGGCCGUGGAGGCCCUCAUCGAGGGCCCAUUGGGAGAGCGACUUGACAGAGUCGACGUCUUGGCUGAGGUUCCUGGCUUCGUCAAGAAGAUAGUAGCGGGCACGGCCGGUACCAAGCCUUACAUCUACCAGUAUUGCCCGACCAAGAGCAAGCUCACGCUGAAGCUCAAGAUUGGAGACCAAGAAAUCUCUGAGGAGGGUCUCUGCUUCAGCGAGGCCACUUUCAUCUCUGAAUAG